AUGCGUGCCAAGUAUUGUAGCCAUAGUCAUCCAUGCAUGGUGGGGGUGGUGAAAGGCAACUCAUAUGUUUGGCGUCGAAUGCUCCAAUUGACUUUUUUGUCGAAUGGAUGGUGGAAUCAACAUUUGUUGAGGCAAUGGGUCCCAGAAUACAUUGUUUCAGAGAUUGUUACUAAGUCAGUCCCAGUGGGGUACGCGCAUGAUUGUACGGUGUGGGGGUUGACGGAGUCAGGGGAUUUCUUGAUUGCUUCAUCUUACUUGCUACUCAGUAGGCAGACGCCUUCUUCGUUCAUGUUUGACAGGGUUUGGUACCCUUUGCUACUGGUCAAUAUAUCAUUUUUCAUGGUGCGUCUGUUGUGGGAUCGGCUGUCUUUACCAUCAUUAGGAAGACUGAAUGUGCAUGGCCCAUCAAAGUGUUUUUGUUGUACAGACUCGCAAUCCGAAUCGUUGGUGCACAUUUUUUCGGAAGGAGAAUUAGCUCAAUUUCUUUGGGCAUUUUUUGGGAACGCUGCAGGUGUGGUAUACAGAGGGACAGGGAUGCGUUCACGACUGGCUAGUUGGUGGUGUCAACCGAAACGUCAUUCUCGUAUGGAGUCGCUAAACAUAGUUUUGCCUAGCAUACUCUGCUGGCAUAUUUGGUUAGCACGGAAUCUUGCACACUUUGAAGGGCAGUGCCUGGGUAGGCAGACCAUUUGUGAUCGUAUCCUGACGGAUGUAGUUGGGGUAUUUUGUAGGAAAGAUGUGGGAGAGCCUGAUGGGUUUGGGUCUUGGUAUGCCUUCUACUCCAGCAUCUCUGGAUGGAGGCCACGGUAUUCCCAUAGGGUGGUUUGUUGGGAGUUCCCAGCCCAAAGGAGUUGUAAGCUAAAUACGGAUGGGUGCUCACUAGGUAACCUGGGAGUUAGUGGCGGGGAUGGUGUGCUCCGGGAUUCAUCUGGUGCAUUGUUGUUUGGGUUUUCUAUUCCAUUCGGGGAGCUGACAUGUAUUCAAACUGAGGUCAAGUCACUACUUUUUUGGGUGCAACAAUGUCUUCUUCAGGGCUUUUCACGGAUACAGCUAGAUAUGUUAAUGGCAAUACAAGGUUUGGAAUGGACAGUGGGGCACUGCUUUUGCGAGGCGAAUCAGGUGGCAGCUACUUUAGCCAAGGUUGGGGCAUAG